AUGGACAAGCCAAAAGAUGAGGCUUUGUGUAACGGGGACAGCCCUUCUCUGCCGUUGGCUGGGACUGAGGCAUGGCCUGCUUCAGCUGCCCCAGCCCUACCACCCUCGCUUCUGAGCACCCUAGACCCAGCCCACCUAGGGCUCCCAGAGCAACUGGCCUCUGUCACUGUCCCCAUCCGCCUGGACACUCUGUCCUACCUCCUACACAGUGCCCUGCUGGGGACCUACAACCUCCAGCAGUCCUUACCCCCUUGCUCCUGCUCCACCCAGCCAUGCCACGUCGGGCCAGACACAGUCAGGAGGCCACCCCGGAGAUCAGGCCAGGCCCGUGGGGGCUGGGAGGUUGGGCACAGGCCCUCCCGGGGCCGGGGCAGGGGCCAAGGGCAGCCACGAUGGGGGCCUGGGAGAGCCGAAGAGCUGGAGAAGAGCAUGGCAGGGCCCCCUGGGGCUGGCCCCAAGACCCUGCCAGUGACACCACCAUCCCAGGAUAGGCAGAAGGAAGCUGGAGGACUGGAGCCACUCGUGCCCCCAGCGCCUGUUUCUGAAGACUGGGAGACAGACUACUAA